GGUUGUUACCCCCAAAUCCUAUCUCAGAUUCAUUUGAUCAAUUUACUAAUCAAUUAGUAAAAAUUGUCUAUACUUCAACACUCAUAUUCGUGGCAUAGGGAGAUCUAAUGGGUCCAACAAGAAAGUCUAGAAGUGUGAACAAGCGAUUCUUGUAUGAUUAUGAAGUAUCUCCAAUUAAAGAUGGUAAAAAUGUCAACACGAAAAACCAACGAAAAAAGAAGGUGUCAGAUAUGCUAGGGCCGCACUGGAACAAGGAAGAGCUGGAACAUUUUUAUGAAGCAUAUCGUAAGCAUGGUAGAGAUUGGAAAAAGGUGGCUGCAGUCCUCCGGAACCGGUCUGUGGAAAUGGUGGAGGCUGUUUAUACUCUGAAUAAGGCGUAUUUAUCUCUCCCAGAGGGCACAGCUUCCGUUGCAGGAUUUAUUGCUAUGAUGACUGAUUACUAUAGUAACAUGGCUGAGCAUGACAGUGAGCAAGAAAGGAAUGACAGUGUUGGAACAUCCCGGAAGCCCAAAAAACGCAAAGUACCCGAAACCACAUCUAAAGGCACCGCUGAACGUGUUCAUUUGAAUGCAGAGGCGGUUCAAUCAGAUUAUAGCUUCUUAUCAGUAUUAAAGAAGAAGCGCUCAGGUGGAAGCCGGCCUCGUGUUGUUGGAAAAAGGACACCCCGUUUCCCUGUUUCACAUUCUAAUGAGAAUGGCAAAGGAGAAAAUUAUGUUUCGCCAACAAAAAAAGUCCUAACACUGAGGGCAGACGAUGAAGAGGAUGUUGCUCAAACUAUAGCAAUGGCAUUGGCAGAUGCUUCUAAGAGAGGUGGUUCUCCUCAGGUUUCUCAGACUCCAAACAGAAGAUCCGGUAAUCUGAUGUCAUCACCUGGUCAGAGUGCUGAAAGAAUGUAUGAUGAAUCAGAUGUGGCGAGUGGUUGGUUUAUUGCUAACGUCAUGUAUGAUGAUGAUGCUGAAGGUAACAUGGAAGCUGAUAAUACAGAAUUUUCUAGGAAUAGGAGUAAGGAAAGAACAAGUAUUGGUCAUAUGUUACAUGACCGUAAAGGAUCACAAGGGAGAAAAGUACGAGUUGGUAAAAAGGAGAACAAACAUUUGAAUUACAUACGGGAAGACUAUAGUGGCACAGAAGGGCAGAAUUUAGGUACUCUACGAAGAAAUUUUGAUGUUGAAGUUGCUGAUGCAAAACCUUCUAGGUCUUCUCGGGUUUCCAAGAAUAGAAGUAAAGAAGCUCAUACUGGGAGAGAAGACAAUUCUGCCUUUGAUGCUCUGGAAACUUUGGCAAGUUUGUCUUUAAUGAUUUUACCAGAGGCAAACGGAACUGACAGUAUAGACGAAUGUGUGGAUGAUUCUCUUUUACUUAAAGUUACGCCUUCAAGCUGCCAGAAAGAGAAACCUAAACCUUCAGUUCUUACAGGUAAAGGGUAUCCGACGAUUUCAAGAUUAGAAGCCGCUGAGGACAAAGCUCAGACAUCUGGUAAAGGCUUGGUUGACCACAGUAAUGCGUCAUCAGAAGUGAAGGACUCCCACCAGUUAAUUACUAAAGUAUCCAGAAAGAGACAAAAAAUUGUGGUGGCACCAAAAAUUUUAAAAGCUGAUGUCUCAAUUCAUACAACUCCCAAAGAAUCUCAGGAGGCUGAGGCUAUACAUGCAACCCAGAUGUCUUUAAGUAGACGCAUUUCUCAAGGUUCUUCUCCCCAGUUGGUGAAGUAUAGCCAACACGUCUCUGCUAGUAUUCACUCGAGAAGGGAAGUGCACAAUUCAGCUCCAUCAGAUGUGAAGCCAUCUAACAUGCUUACUAGAGUUAGAAACAAACGUAAAAUGUACAAACCUGAGGCUCUUGAAGUUACUAAGCUUUCUGAUGUAGUUGGAACAAACAAUUCAAGUGUACACUUGCCUUCUCUCAGACAUAGAAUAGUGAAGAGAAAACUUUCUAAUUGCCUAUCAAAUCAACUCAUGCGAAGAUGGUGCUCAUUUGAAUGGUUCUACAGUGCAAUAGAUGACCCUUGUUUUGCCAAAAGAGAGUUUGUUGAGUACUUGUAUCAUGUUGGUUUAGGUCAUGUUCCCAGACUAACCCGUGUUGAAUGGGGUGUCAUCAGAAGUUCUCUUGGUAAACCACGGCGAUUUUCAGAUCAAUUCCUAAAGGAAGAAAAGGAUAAGCUUAACCAAUAUCGGGAUUCUGUCAGGGCACAUUACACUGAACUUCGUUCUGGUAGCAGAGAUGGAUUACCAUUAGAUCUUGCAAGGCCUUUAGCAGUAGGUCAACGUGUUAUUGCAAUCUAUCCGAGAACAAGAGAGAUUCAUGAUGGAACUGUACUAACUGUAUAUCAUGACAGAUGCUGUGUUCGGUUUGAUCGACCUGACCUGGGUACUGAAAUAAUCAUGGAUACCGAUUGCAUGCCCUUGAAUCCUUUUGAGAAUCUUCCUGCAUCAUUGCGCCGACCACCUGUUAACAAAUCCUUUGAGAACUUAAAAGAGGUCAACGUCAAGGGGAUGGGAAAAGAUCAAAGACCGGAAGGUUACACAAAGUCCUCUUCUCCUGAAAAAUUAGAAAACAUGGAUGAGGCUGCUUCAGUCAAAUCUAAUUUACCACCCAGAAAUGGACAAAGGGUCGUAAUGUCUAGUCAUCAUGCAGCAUACUCCAUGCCUGGUAAACUGGAACAAUAUCAAGCGAAGGAAGCCGAUGUUGAAGCAAUUUCUGAGCUGACCCGUGCUCUCGACAAAAAGGAAGCUGUAGUUUUUGAGUUGAGGCGAAUGAAUGAUGAUGUGAUCGAAAAUCAAACUGACGGUAACUUUGCUCUUCGGGAUUCAGAAGCUUUUAAAAAGCAGUAUGCAGCUGUUCUUGUGCAGUUAAAUGAAGCCAAUGCCCAGGUUUCUUCUGCUUUGUUUCGCUUGAGACAACGCAAUACAUAUCAGAACCACUUCCAUCUUAACUGGCCGAGGGCCAUGGAUGAUAUAACUGACCAUGGUGGCAUCUUAAGCACUUCAAACCACACUGCAAGUCAUACUGAAGAGUCGGAAUGUCGUGUUAAUGACAUUGUUGAGAUAUCAAGAACCAAGGCUCGUAACAUGGUACAUAUGGCUAUCCAGGCAAUGUCAACGCUGAAGCUCAGUACUGUUGAGAUUGACAAGGCUGUUGAUUAUGUGAAUGAUCGGCUUUCGUUGAAUGGUUCCUACAAUCAACCUGCCAGACCUAAUCCAGUAGCAACAAAUCCAGUUCAUCCCAGUAUGAAUGAACAAGUAGCUUCCACUUUAAAGUCACAUGAUUCUAAGUCAGUACAUCCAUCAGAUUUAGAUAAAACACCAGUCCCCUCUGAACUGAUUACUCAGUGUGUGGCUACUCUUUUCAGCAUUCAGAAAUGUACAGAAAGACAGUUUCCCCCAGCUGAAGUUGCGAAAAUAUUGGAUUCCGCGGUCUCUAGCUUACAACCUUGCUCCCCUCAGAACUUGCUGGUAUAUGCGGAUAUACAAAAAUGCAUGGGGAUAAUCAAGAACCAGAUUCUAGCUCUUGUGCCAACCUAGGUUGAUAUUGAACUUCUAAUCUUCUGGUACAUGCUAAUUAUAAAUGACUAGAUUUUUAGAUCUGGAAAUUUUGUUACAAGCUGUUUAACUGAUAGUGGAAUAUAUCCUACCAAUGCUAGUUGGAUCCUUCAUUCACAAUUACCUGGAAAGAAAUUUGCGGGUUCUUUUGUUAAAUAUAUGGAAACGAUGAUUUAUUGUAACACAA